AUGAACGAUUACGUGCGGUUGAAAUGGGCGGACGACCCGAGAUGGUCGAACGCUCGGAAACGGGACGUGCUGAAGUCGCUGGCGGAAAUCGGUGAACCGGCGGCCGAGGCGCGCGCGGAGUGCCAACGAUUGGCCAACGCCGCGUUGGCCGGUCGACUGGCCGACGCCAAGCUUGAAGUGGCCGCGCUAAAAAAUAUAGACCGAACGCACGUGGGCGCGCUGCUGAGGGAUGUGCCGGCGGCCGACGGGCGGGCCGCGUACGAGCUGAUGGACUCGGCGGAAGCGGUGGAGCGAUCGCUGCAGUUCAAGUUGGCGCGGUACAGGCAGCGGACGGUCGACUGCCGGGCCCGGGUGGCCGACAAGACGGCUGCGCUGGCCCGGUUGCAAACCCGUAUAGCCCACUACCAGUUCAACAAGACGGCGAUGGAGGAGGCCGCAGCGGCCGCGACGGAGGCAGCUGCCGCCGGGCCCGGCGGGAUGGCCGCGACCGCGAAGACCGUGGACGCGCUUAGGCUGUGCAACCGGUGGAUGGCCGACACGCACAGCAUCAUGGCUGACAACGAGGCUAUGUACAAGAAGCUCAACGAGCAGCUCGUGACCGAGGCGCGUCAGCUGGCGGCCAUCGUGGUCGAGCUGAUAUCUUACGGCACGACGGCACAAAAGGAAUACGCGGAGUUCGACCGGCGUUACCGCGAGGCCAUGGCCAAGCACGAAAAGGCCAUUUACCGCAAACACGCGUUGUCGCGGUACCUCAAGUCCAACAUAGCCGUUCUGGAAUCCAAAAGUAAAAUACAAAAGGACUUAAUGGAGAAGAUUAAUUUCGAAAUAACCGAGCCAGAUACGCCCUUAAUGUCCGGAUCUGAUAGUCAAUCAUCGGAUAAUUUGAAUAAGUUGUCCUCAUUCUUUGAUACCGAUCAAAAAUUACCACUGACAGUUUGGAUCAACGACGGGCCAAUGGAAAAUUUCAUGUAUCGGAAAAAAGAAAGUUUUCUCUCGAAAGAUAGCAUAAUCGAUAAAAACGAUGAACAGAAAACGGACACAGAGUCAGUGGCGUCAUUCCAUUACACGUAUCCCGUGGAUAAAGUCAAUCUGUUGAAGUUCGGUGACCAAGAAUACACCAAAGCGAUGGAAGCCGCGGAAUACGUUUGCGACACGUUAGAUUUUGGCGACAUGGCAGAAGUUCUACAGUAUUUUACUACGGUAAAAAAUGUAGAAAUGCGAAUAAAAAAAAUGGUAAGCGUGCGAAAGCACCUGUACGGGGUCUUGAAAAAGAAUAUGGAGGAAGCGGCUGACCUAAAGUCGGAUAGACUGAACUGCGUACCGGAGUCGACAUUGCUUUUGGAUGUGGAAAAAGAGCGUGUUCAGCGGGACGGGUUGGAGGUGCAGAAAAAAAAAUUGCAUUACGUCAACAUAGAGAUUUCCGAAUACAGUGAGCUGUUCAACGAACUUUGGUUCCAGCUGGACAACCUCGCAGGAAAACUCGAUCGAUGUCAAGUACCGCCUGCGAGAAGGUAUCAAGCGUAUUUGAAAAAUCGGACCAAGUGCUCCGAGACGAUGUCAGACGCGGUGUCGAUGUUAGAAGGGCUAUGUUUAGUAACGACCUCGGGCAACGUGGAUGGAAACAACCACGAGAUCUCGAACAAAACACUUCCGGGCGCGACGGAAACGUCUUUCGCGUCAGACCAACGUGAACGCUGCGAGACCAAGUCCGGUUGGGAAUUAGCAGUGGACGCCUGCCGAAAACUGGUGGCGGAAGUGCACAUCAAAGUGAAGUCAUGUAUGAUGUACUUGGGUGGUAGGAGCUUCGACCCCACUGACCGCAGUCAGCCGACGGCUAGGGCGUACUUCACUUUCAAGCAACAGUGUCAGAUACAGAACGCGGUGCUGAAGAGAAAGGAGCAGAACCGGCAGGAGCUGCAUAAGGUCGAAGUGGAGACUGACCCGAAGGCCGUGGCCACCGCAGCCGGUAUACUGACCCGGGAGCAGAUGAAACAUCAGGCCGAAGAAAUCGUACAGUAUUUCAUAACGCCCAAAGACGCCGACAACUUGACGAGGUCGAGGAAACCGAUAUCGUUUAGAAAAGCUCGGGUCGUCGUAUGA